GCCGCCAAUCGACACGCUGGUGCCUCCACGCCAUUUCCGGUCGCCUGGCUGGCUCUGCCCAAUAGCGGAGGGCCGGUGGGCGGGACGCCUCAUCCUCACCGAGGCAACCGGCGGGCGAACGGUUCCGGGUGUGCGCGAGGCUGACGGUUGUGGCGGGAUGAUUCCUCUGCAGAGUUUAUUUUUGAAUGGAAGCAUGCUCUUUUCCAGUAGAAGAUGGUGAUCUUAACGUAUGAUCAUGGAGAAGGGGAUAAGUUCAGUAGAAGUGUUACCUUCCAAAUCGUCUCAGGUUACAGCUGUAAAAGUGGUGGUCAAAGAGCCCGAAACAAAGCAAACCCAAAGAGGGAAACGAGUGGGAUUUGUGCUUGUCCAUGCAGGUGCAGGUUAUCAUUCUGAAUCCAAAGCUAAAGAAUACAAGCAUGUGUGCAAAAGAGCCUGUCAGAAGGCAAUUGAAAAGCUACAGGCCGGUGCUCUUGCAACAGAUGCAGUGACUGCAGCACUUAUAGAAUUAGAGGAUUCUCCUUUUACAAAUGCAGGAAUGGGAUCUAAUCUAAACCUUCUGGGUGAGAUAGAAUGUGAUGCCAGUAUAAUGGAUGGAAAGUCAUUAAAUUUUGGAGCAGUUGGAGCACUGAGUGGAAUCAAGAAUCCAGUUUCAGUUGCAAAUAGAUUGUUGUGUGAAGGGCAGAAGGGAAAACUCUCUGCUGGCAGAAUUCCACCUUGCUUUUUAGUUGGUGAAGGAGCUUACAGAUGGGCAGUUGAUCACGGGAUACCCGCAUGUCCUCCAGGUAUCAUGGCUACAAGGUUUAGUUUAGCAGCUUUUAAGAGGAACAAGAGGAAGCUGGAGUUGGCCGAAAAAGUGGAAACAGAUCUCAUUCAACUAAAGAAAAGAAGACAAUCAAAUGAAAAGGGCUCCAGAGUCAUGUGCAGCGCUUGUGGGAGACCCCCAAAGACCAAAGAUGGUGGUAAAGGAGGUGAUCAAAUAGGACUCUGCUCACUGGAGAAUGACUCAGGAACAUUGGAUACGGUUGGUGCAGUUGUUGUUGACCAAGAAGGAAAUGUUGCUGCUGCUGUCUCCAGUGGAGGUUUAGCGUUAAAGCAUCCUGGGAGAGUUGGUCAGGCAGCUCUUUAUGGUUGUGGCUGCUGGGCUGAAAAUACAGGAGCUCAUAACCCUUACUCCACAGCUGUGAGUACUUCAGGUUGUGGAGAGCACCUUGUACGAACCAUACUGGCCAGAGAAUGUUCAUGUGCUUUGCAAACGGAAGAUGCCCAUCAAGCUCUCCUAGAGACUAUGCAAAACAAAUUUAUUGGUUCACCUUUUCUAGCCAGUGAAGAUGGUGUGCUCGGAGGUGUGAUAGUUCUUCGGUCUUGCAGAUGUGCAGCAGAGCCUGACUCCUCACAAGAAAAGCCAACUUUAUUAGUGGAAUUUCUGUGGAGCCAUACAACAGAGAGCAUGUGUGUAGGAUAUAUGUCUGCACAGGAUGGCAAAGCCAAGACUCACAUUUCAAGACUUCCUCCCGGGGCCGUGGCAGGACAGUCCGUGGCAAUAGAAGGAGGAGUUUGCCGUCUGGAAAGCCCGGAUUGCUGAACAGCUGAUUCCUCACUUCAUUGUCAAGAAUGUGAAUGACUUUUUGUACAAUAACUUCUUUUGUGUUUUAACAGAUGUUGGAAAUUCUACUUUGUUUUAUGCCCCGUAUUGCAACCAUGUGCUCCAUGAGACAAGUGCUGCUGUAGUUUAUGUUCUCACUCUGUGAAUGGGGCUGUACGCGUGUUCAUUUUUCCCCCAAUAAAAUAGGAACUCUUCCCAGUUGUGCAAAGAUCAUGUAUGGUUAAUGAUCAUGUUUUCAUUGUUUUAUUUUUGAAAAAUAGCUGAAGGUUGAAAAAAUUAAUUUAAAGAUGCGGUCUCAAUUGUCAUUCAUGUUCUAAAUUUAAAAGUAACAGGCCUUUGAAGUGGCUAUAUAAUUAUGCAAAAAUGAUUAUGGUUUCUAAGUUUCUCAGUGGUUUAAGGAAAUCCAGUGGUGGUUUAAACAUGGGUUGUUUUUUUUCCUCCCCAAUAAGGAGGAAUUUUUUUUGUCAAAGAAUGGUUUCAGUGAAACAAACUAGAGCGAAAUUAAAACUAGAAUUGUUUUAAAUAGUCUUAUAGGUCAUAUCUCUGUUCGCAAACUAAGAUGUUAAUAGCUUCAAGCUGUAUGUAUUACAAAAAGCUAUAUGAAGAUAAUGUAUCGUAACGUAGUCUUUAUGUAUAACGGUAUAUUACAAUGUAAAUAAGAAAAAGUUUAUGGAAAGAUUGGAUAUUAUUCUUCGCUUCUGUUUUAAAUCUAUUUUUAAGAGAGAGGUACAGAAAUGAACAUAUUACUGGAUGCGAAGUGCAAUGUGUAUUAAAUGGAUGUUGGGAGGUCUGAUAAUAGCUUUCUUAUUGAUAAAGCAACUUCCUAAAGUCCAGCCACAGCAUGGGUAUUUAUAUAACUGUGUGUAAUAUGUAUGUACUGUGCAUAAAUUUACUGUAAUUCUUUUUAUACUUUCAACAAAACUGCAUUAUGAAACAGUGUAAUCCUUCUCUGCCUUGUAAAACACUGGCAGCUGAACUGUCUUUUGUCACCAGUUCUGAUAUGUUAGCCAGGUCACCUGAGUCCUAAAAGUGUGUUCGGACGUACGAUCUUCCAUUCGAUACUUUUUUUUCUUCACAGCAUUGCCGGCAAUAGAAGACUUUUGUAAUUAAUCCAUUGUUCUGAUAAGUAUGCCAAAGAGAAACUAAAAUUGUUCAUCUUUUUCCCUGGUGGAUAUUUGAUAAUUCUGUUUUCAGAAGUAGUGGAUGAAUAGCUAUUCAGACUGUAUUUGCUUAACCGGGCAUUGUACUUGCCUUUUUUGUAAUGUUGUGCCUGCCUAUAACAGACAUACUUGACUGAUUAAAUGGUUACAUUGAUUGUAGUACCAAUCCUUCAUGGAUAAAAAUCUUAAUAAAUUUUUUUUUCACUGUUAUGUUACAGCAUA